GGGCUACCCAAGGCCUGUCAGUGUCAUACUGACAGUACACAAUUUGUGUUUUUGAACAUAUUCAAAUGUCGGUUGCGAUUGUCUCUUACGUUAAUCCACUUUGCAGGUAGCCAUGGGGGACAUAUUCUUUCGCCAGGAUGCAGAGAAACUCUUUUACAACAAGUUUGUGGUCAUUAUUGGGGACUCAAUACAGCGAGCUGUGUACAAGGAUAUGGUGCUGCUGCUCCAGAAGAACCGAUACCUGUCUGAUAGCAACCUCCGCAACAAGGGUGAGAUGACCUUUGAGAGGGAUGAGCUGAUCGAGGAAGGGAAGAAGGGCAAGAUGAGUAAUGGCAUCAACUACCGUGAGGUGCGACAGUACCUGUCGGACUACCACCUCGUCCGAUUCUACUUUGUAUGCCGCUGCUACAACGCUUACAUGGAGAGCAUUCUGGCUGACCUGAGUGAUGAACCAAGGCCUGAUAUUGUGAUCCUCAACUCCUGUCUGUGGGAUAUCAGCAGGUAUGGUGUGAAAGCUAUCGAUGAGUACAAAGAGAACCUGAAGACAUUGUUCAGGCGGUUCAAGGAGGUGCUGCCUGCUGACUCUCUGGUCAUCUGGAACACUACACUUCCCAUUUCAAAGAAUGCUCGGGGUGGUUUCAUAAUCCCUGAGAUUGAAUUCAUGAACUCCACUCUGCGUUUGGACAUCCUGGAAGCCAACUAUUAUGCAGCCAAGGUUGUGGUUGAAAAUGACUUUGAUGUUCUUGACCUGCAUUACUUCCUGCGGUAUCAGCUUCACCGCCGUGCCGAUGACGGCAUACACUGGGACAUGACAGCUCAUCGGCGCAUUACCAACCUGCUGCUGACUCACAUCUCGGAUGCCUGGGGCUUCCAUCUCCCUGGCAAUGUCCAGAAAAACCAGGAAAAGAACCCGGAGAUAUUUCGUUUUGGAUGUAACACCAUUCCUUCCCGAGCAUUGCCUCAGGUUUUGAACAGACAGGAACAGCCUGUUCGGCCCCAACGUCGCCCACUAAACCUUGAUGUGAACCGAAUGUUGAAGGACAUCAACCCCAUGAACAUAAACCGUGGCACUCUAAACAGACAGACAAUGGACACCAACAGGAAGCUGAGAAAUGAUUGUGGGUAUGGCCAAAUCAUGGAUAACAGCAGCUUUGUGACAGACCUUGGAUCCAGGGACAACUUCCAGUGGCAUCCCUACAGCAACAACAACUUUGAACAGAUGGCUCGGCAUGUGGACUUCAACCGUUGUCGGUACCAGCCUUACAAUGGUGGACAGAGACGCAGGAUCAGGCGGCAAUAAUUGCUGACAUUAUCACAAAACAGAAACACCAGAUGUUGCCAAUAGACAUUAUCAAACACCAGCAGAUAUUAUCUUGAAACAUGACCAGACAUUGUGAUAACAAGAUAUGCCAAUCAGUCUGGCUGUUGAAUCUGGGAAACAUCUGACUGACUUUCCAGUGCCUUGGUUGUGUCUUGUACUCGUGAAUUCUCUGUAGAUGGGUUGUCUGCAGAUGGUUGUCUGCAGAUGGGUUGACUGCUGAUGGGUUGUCUGCAGAUGGGUUAACUGCAGAUGGGUUGUCUGCAGAUGGGUUGUCUGCAGAUGGGUUGACUGCAGAUGGGUUGUCUGCAGAUGGGUUGUCUGCAGAUGGGUUGUCUGCAGAUGCGUUGACUGCAGAUGGGUAGACUGCAGAUGCGUUGACUGCAGAUGGGUUAUCUGCAGUUGGUUGUCUGUAGAUGGGUUGUCUGCAGAUGGUCUGUAGAUGUGUUGACUGCAGAUGGGUUGUCUGUAGAUGGGUUGUCUGCAGAUGGGUUGUCUGCAGAUGUGUUGACUGCAGAUGGGUUGUCUGUAGAUGGGUAGAUGGGUUGUCUGCAGAUGGGUUGUCUGCAGAUGGGUUGUCGAUGUUGUCUCAGGGUUUGCACACACUAUAGUGCUAAAGAAGAGUCAAAGUUUUUAAGAAAAGGUAACAGCAGAUCGAAAUCGAUAUCGAAAAAUGUUAGACUUACCAAAUGUUUCUUGGAUGGUUAGAGUGGGUAGGCCAUAUUUUGUUUGUGUGUAUACAUUGUAUUUGUUGAUCAGGUUAACAAGACAAACAUUGGAUAUAUCUGGGGGUGUUAUGAAGAAAUAUUCGUUAUCUCAGAGAAAGGCUUUAAGUGGUAGUGUUGUGUUGGAACUGAAACUACAGGUUUACUUUGGAUUUGAACAGUUAUUUAAACAAAUUAACUGAUAGCUUUUUGUUCUAUGUUUUGUUCCAUAUUACUAAAUUCAAUAAUAAUAGAGUGUUUAAGUCAGUAAACAUGUCAGUUGCUGCCUGAAGAAAUAGGUAGACGAAAAGUAUUAAUUUAUUUCAUAUCUUACAUCAAUAUUUAAUAUCAUUUUUAAAUGGUGCAUGGAGUGCCUUUUAAUUAUUAUUGUGUUACACAAUGCAAUUUCAGUGCUUGUUCCUGUCAUGUGUUAGAAAUCUUUUAGUUGCUUUUGGCCUGUUUACUUCAUUUUGCAGGACUGAGGCUGUUGUGGAUCAAGGGAGAGAACUCCUAUACUGUUUACCUUGCUCAGGCCUAUUCUUUUCAACAAUUGUUUGAUAAAUAUAUAAUCAGUAUAUUAGCCUCCACACUACUGCAUGUUGGUUCCUCAUUUGUCAAACAUUUUAGAAACAACAUUUCAUUAGUUAUCAUGAUAAACCAUCUCCGAUGCUUUAGAAUACUGCUGUUGAACUUGUCCAGUCUUUCUGAAAUAUUAUAAAGUAAAUAAAUUGUUCCAAUUUGC